AUGUUUGACGAGGUCGACACGGGGGAGGAUCGGCGCGUGUCCAUCGACGAGUUUCGUGCGGCGCUGCCCAAGCUCAAGGCAUGGGGCGUCGAAGUGACCGAUCCGGAGGCGGAGUUUGCUCGAGCCGACGCAGACGGAGCCGGCUUGAUCCUCUUUGCCGAGUUUGCGGACUGGGCGCUGACAAGAGGACUCGAGGCU